AUGUCUAAAUCAUCCGAUUCAAAAUCAACAACAACAACAACAUCAGGACCGAUUAAGAUGAUGAAAUUGAUUGAGAUUAUUCGUUCCAAAUAUGGUUAUGGUUUCACAUUGUCCGGUGAAAUGCCAUGUCGAUUAACACAUGUUAAAGGACAUGCUCGUUUGGGUGGUCUUAGAUCCGGUGAUCGUCUUCAUGUUGUAAAUGGACAAAAUGUUGAUACAUUUACGCACGAUCAGGUAGUCGAAUUGAUUACAUCGGUUUCAGAUGGACGAUUAUUGCUACAAGUUUCAGCUGCUUCUAUCGAUGAUUCUUUUCAUCAACGUCAAUUUAAUUCUACUUCCGCUAAAAUUACGACUUCAGAAUCAAUAUCAAUGAUGAUUGAUGAGGAUAGAAAAUCAUCGAUAUCAGCUUUAACUACAUCGAAACUUCCUCAACCACAACAACAAUCCAUUCAGCAAUUAUCGAUACAAAAAUAUCGUCCACAUCGAAAUGCUAGAAAUCAUCAUCAUUAUCAUCGAAAUAAUCAUCGUACUAUACCUCACAAUCAUCGUAAUUAUCAUACGAAAAAGCAUCGAUCAAUGAAAAAUAAUCAAUUCAAACGCCAACAGCAACAAGAGCCACAAUCUUCAACAACAGCGACUACGAUUUUAAGUCCAUCGGAAACGUAUCAAGAUGAGUGUCGAAUAUCAUCAUCCAGGUAUCAUUAUCGUAACAAACCUAGAUUCAAAGAUCAUAAACGAAAUAACCAUCAUCAUAAUCGAUAUAAUAAAAAUGGUGAUCAAUCAUGCAAUAGCGAUGGUGAUAUUCAUACUAAUGUAGCCGAACAUUUUGAUGGCCUAUGGAAACGAGCAUCGAAUCAAAGUGGAACGCCACAGCAAAAACAAUCAUAUCAUUCAUUCAAAUCAAUCGAUAAUUUAUUGGAUCGAUUUCAAAACUAUGGCAAUCAUAAAGAUGAUGAUGAAUUAUUGUUACAUCAACAUUAUCGAAAUCAUCAGAAAUUAGAGCAAAGAAAAAUUCUUCAAAAUCUAUAUCAAACGAAAUCUAAUCCACAAUUUAAUGAGAUGAAUUCUUUCAAAGUUCACACCGAUGUUCAUCAUCAUCAUCAAUAUCAGCGAGACUACCAUAAUACUGAUGGUAAAUUAUUUUCCCUUUCAUUACAGAAUGUCUCAAUAGCAAAUGAUAAAGAUUCGAUUUCAAAUGAACAACAAUCAACAUUUAUGAAUAAAAAUAAGAAUAAAAUAUCUAAAACAAAAACAAAUUCAACAACAUCAGGCUUCUCAUCCAUAUCACAAUCCCCAUCAUCAUCUACAUCCACAUCUUCCCAAUCAUCAUCUUCAUCAUCAUCAUCACCCCCGGAACUGUUUGUUUCAAAUGCUUCAAGUCAAUCAACAACAACAACUACAUUAACCGAUCGUGAUCAUCAUUCACAAGCAAUAUUUCGUUCAAUCAAAUCAUUGAUAAUGAUGAUGAAUUAA